CUUUUUUCAUCUCACGCCCACUUUUACACUCUCCAGCAUUUAGCAAAACCCUGAGCUAAACAGCAAGAAGCAUGGCUGAAAGAGGAGGAUUCGGCCGUGGAUUCGGUGGUCGUGGUGGAAGAGGCGGAGACCGUGGUGGUCGUGGCCGUGGAGGCCGCCGUCCACGCCGUGAAACCGAAGAGGAAAAAUGGGUCCCAGUCACCAAACUUGGAAGACUCGUGAAAGACGGCAAAAUCCGUUCAUUGGAACAAAUCUACCUGCAUUCACUACCAAUCAAGGAGUACCAAAUCAUAGACACACUCAUCGGUCCAUCUCUAAAGGACGAAGUGAUGAAAAUCAUGCCCGUUCAGAAACAAACACGGGCCGGACAGAGAACCCGAUUCAAGGCUUUCGUUGUUGUCGGUGACGGAAAUGGACACGUGGGAUUAGGCGUCAAAUGUUCGAAAGAAGUAGCGACUGCUAUACGUGGCGCGAUUAUAUUGGCUAAGCUUUCUGUGAUUCCAGUGAGGAGGGGUUAUUGGGGUAACAAGAUUGGAAAGCCGCACACCGUGCCGUGUAAGGUUACAGGGAAAUGUGGGUCUGUGACUGUGCGUAUGGUGCCUGCUCCGCGUGGUGCUGGUAUUGUGGCGGCUAGGGUUCCUAAAAAGGUGUUGCAAUUUGCUGGUAUUGAGGAUGUUUUUACCUCUUCUCGUGGAUCCACCAAAACCCUCGGCAACUUUGUCAAGGCAACCUUCGAUUGUUUAAUGAAGACAUACGGUUUCCUUACUCCAGACUUCUGGAAGGAGACUCGCUUCACUAAAUCUCCUUUCCAAGAAUACGCUGAUAUCUUGUCAAAACCUGCUAGUAAGGUUAUUGUCUACACCACUGAGGAGGCAGCACCUGAGACGGUUCAGGCUUGAGUAUGAGUUUGUUUUGUUCUAAAGUUGUUCUUUUUAGGUCAUUUGAUUAAACAAUGCUGUUAUUUCCAAUUUUGGUUUACAUUUGAAAGGGUGUUUUUGGUACAUUUGUCCUCGUAUAAUUUUUAUCUUUGCCUCAAUAUAUUCUGCCUGGUUGAUCU